AUGAAGACAUCACACAGCAGCAACAAGCUCGUCAAGCCAGUCACAACUUUAUCGCAACCCAAUCAACUCGCGCUAGCCUCCACCUCUCGAGCCACGCUGCCCAUGGUCGAUAGCUCCACCCUCGCACUGCCAAGCAUUCAACCUGGCGACCCUGACACACAAUCAAACACCAAUCGUCUCCUUCCUCCGCUCAACCCAGGCGCCAUGUCAACAUCCUCCGAGCAAUCCUCUACCUCGACCGCUUUGGCCUCAAAGUCCAAAAUUUUCCUCAAGAGCACGUCUCCUGAUGUACCCUUGCACAUUCACCUGCCGCGUGAGCUCUCUCAUUCACUCACAAAAAAGCUUCAGAUCACCAUCAAAGCUCACGGUGGAGUCGUCGAACCACGCCUUGGUAAAGCCCACUUGAUCGUCGUUGAUCCACACCUCGCAACCGUCUCCAAGAAGCUGCUUCGAGACGCCAACCAGAUGGGUCAGCCCAUCCCCGUUGUCAUGCCCGACUAUAUCCUCGACUCUGCUGCUCAAGCCCAACUGCUCGAUUCUCUCGAUCCCAAGUACAAGUACGAUCCACCUCUCUCGCACCCUUCCCCACAAGCACAAGCCAGUUCCACGCCUGCUCCUCGCGCCCCCAAUGGUCGCAACCCAUUCACCGAAUCCGAUCGUCAAGCAAUGGUUUUCUACUUUGUCGACAAGCCAGAAUCGUCUUGGAGCCUCAACGCCGCUGCCAGAGAGCUUGCAGUUCGUCACCCUACCCAUACCCAUCAGAGCUUUCAGACUUACCUACAAAGCAACUUUGACACAGGCUGGAAUCUCAAGCAGCAAGUCCUCGUCGCACGCCGCAAAGCCCUCGAAGACGCUCCAUCCGAACUUCAAGCUCGCAUCCUCAGAUCCCAAUACACAGCCCCACCCGGUCUCCAUGAGCAGUCCGAACAAUCCGCUCCCUCUGAUGGGUGGCCCUGCGCAUCGCCCGAGCCCCAAUCAGAACCACAAGAGGAAACCCAGCCAAGCAUACCCUCUCAAAACGAUCUCUACCCACAGCCUGUCCAACAAGCCUCGAGCCAGCCAGACGACGACGAUCAAGAUCUGCUAAUACGCCAACCCAAUCCGGGCACAUCACUCAACAGUGUCGACAAGAACCCCACCAGCUUAUUCCGAGGUUUCGAGUCGCCUCUCUCGGAGGAAUCAGAUCCUCUCACCGAGCCUCCUCUCUCCAACCUGCUCACACAGAGUCGAGCAUCGCCUUCCGUCGACGAGGAAUCCGAUCCACAGCAGUAUUCUCCCACCAUCCUGGACCGUAUCCAACGUGCCACUUCGUUGCGUCCUAGCGCCUCACAAAAACUAAAUCAAGACCGUCGCCGAAAUUCCGAAUCUAGCAGCUACUCUGAUUCCCCACACCAACGCUCCGAGCGACACGAACCUCCUUCACAGCCCGCCAAAAAAACGCAAACUUUGUAUGAUCAAGCGUCAAAGGACAUGUUGAUAAAUGCGCUUGUCGAUCUGGUCUUCGAAAAGGGAAGAAACCUGUCGCGUUCGGCUCAAAAUCGCAUCCUAAAUAGACCGACCUCAAAGUUUUGGGAGGAUUUGAGCGCCGCUCACCCCAAUCACACAUCUCAAGGAUGGCGAAAGCACUUUGAAAGGAAUCGUCCCCUCUACAAACGCAUCGCUAGCAUCAUGAUUACUGAACGGCAACAAGGUGAUGACUCAGGUCAAGAAGACGGCACCAGCCACGUAGAGAGUGAAGACGAGCUUGCGACAGGCUCACAAAGCAGAGAACAGCCAAAUGCUGCCAACGAGCCCACUUCUUUACCAAGCGAUACAGUAGCUAUCGAGAAAGCUGCCGACCAGCAUUCUGCCAACCAACCGUCCGGCCAACAGAACCCAGAGAGCCAGAAGGAGCCUGAGACAGCGUCACAAAGCAGGGAACGGCCAGAUGCCGCGAACGAGCCCACUUCUUUACCAAGCGAUACAGUAGCUAUCGAGAAAGCUGCCGACCAGCAUUCUUCCAACCAGCCGUCCGGCCAACAGGACCCAGAGAGCCAGCAGGAGCCUGAGACAGCGUCACAAAGCAGGGAACGGCCAGAUGCUGCGAACGAGCCCACUUCUGCACCAAGCGAUGCAGUAGCCAUCGAGAAAGCUGCCGACCAGCAUCCUCGCGACCAACGAUCUGUCGCAGAGCGCUCCACGCCGGAGCACCAACCAGUGACACUACCGCCCCCGAUGGAGGAUCGAGACGAGGUCGAAAAUUCGAUUCAAGACGCAAAUCUUUUGGCAGAGCCCUCUCCCUCUGACAGAGGACAAAUUGAAGUUCCACUGCUGCCACCUUCUAUUGCUGGUAAUGCAGGUGUAAAGGACUUGGAAUUAUCAAAGGCUGAUUCGAAUCAUGGCCAGAGCGUCUACCCGACCAGCUCAUCAGCAAAGUUACUGCCGCUAUCAGCUUCGCUCAAAGGGCACUUGGUUGCGCCUCGUUCCAAUGAUGUGGUAGAGGCGGGUACACCUGUGCUCGCCCAGCACCGCGAUGCUCCUUUCUACGACUUCACCAUGGAUAGCGAUGAGGAGCAACACGCUCUCAAGGCUCGUUCGCGGCCAUCGCUUCCGAACAUGCAAUCUCAUCAGCAAACAGUCCCACCAAAGUUGCAGCAGCCGCUCAUCUCCUCUGAUCGUGUCUUGGGUCACUUUGCAACGCCAUCCCGAAACCAAAGGCCCGCAGCAACUCGCCACGCCUCGCUAUCUCUACAUCCAGGUCUACAUCCAGGUCAGGACGACGAGUUGGCACUUUCUGAGAAAACGACAAGCAAUCUCUCCGCCGCAUCUUUUUCUGCACUGCGUGGGCGCUGGCCGACUGCAGAGCCUUUCGUUGUUACCCAAUCGUCAAGUUCAAGUGCCAGUCGCUUGGAUCGUGCACCGAUGCUCAGCACCAACCAUGCCACUGAAGUGACGACAUCACACCUGCAGGAUGGACAGCCGUCACGACAGCUGUCGAGCCUGAGUCCCUUGCCUGAGGCUACCGCUACGAGUCUAGCACCGGCACUCAGCCGAACGAAUCGAUCGAAUCCUCAGUUUGAGGCUGCGCGCCUACGAUACCGUGCUGACGCCGAGACGUUCCGUAAGGAUUUCGACCUGAAUCGGCAACAGUGCAAGGAUCUGCUCGUGCGGUUCAACGGAAACAUCAAGGUUGCACGCAACUUCAUUGACAACUGGAUGGACAGCAUGCAAGAUACGUACGACGUCGGAGCAGCGUUAGCACUCGAAUACCUCAAAACCUCGCGCGGAGACUUCGAACAAGCCGAGAAUUUCCUCAGACUCGCAAACACGACACGCUUCAGCAGCACACCAAGUCGUUCCGCCGAGCUAUCGCGAAGUCAUCCCGCUUCGAUCAGCCCGCAAAAGCGGCGCAGCGGCAACAACGACUACAGCCCUACUCGUGCUUAUGACUUGAAACGUCGACGCGAGUCCUUAAAGCGAGUCCGUGGAUAG